AUGAGUUACGCAUCAAGAUCUUCAUCAAGGGCAUUACCAUCUUCGAAAAAGACACACCUGGAAACACACAAACAGAUCCUUAAACAGUUGUUACGGGAAGAGGCAAACAAAUCUUGUGCAGACUGUAAAACCACAAAGAACCCUCGUUGGGCGUCAUGGAAUUUGGGCUGUUUCAUCUGCAUUCGGUGUUCUGGGAUCCAUAGAAGUAUGGGAACACACAUAUCAAAAGUCAAGAGUGUCGAUUUGGAUGCAUGGACAGACGAACAAAUUGAAAAUAUGGUGAAAUGGGGCAACGAGAAAUGCAAUGGGUAUUGGGAAAGCAAACUACCUGAGGCUUAUAUACCGGAUGGAUCAAAGAUUGAAAACUUUAUUAGAACCAAGUAUGACUUGAAGAAAUGGUGCUCAUCACCAACAGUGCCAAACCCAAGCACCAUUCCUGGUAAAUCUCAAACAGUCAACAACCAAAACAAAAGCACCAACUCAAGCACCAACUCCAGCACUAGUUCCAGCACCAAUUUCAACAAUAAUUCCAGCACCGCAUCUAAUGCAUCUCGCGUCGAUAGUUCUUCUACCAAGAAAACCUUAGGCUCGCUUCCCACAGCAAAUAGCUCUGCAAAGUCUAACAGCUUGUUGGACGAUGAUUUUGGUCACUUUACCACAUCUUCAAAACACACUUCUUCACAUGCUCCACCUGUUCCUCAAAAGCACCUGUCCCAACCAGUAACACCACGUACUCCUCAAGUUCCUAUCUCAAGAACUCCACAACCAGCACAGGUAUCUAGAACCUCACAGCAAUUGCAAUCGGCACAAUCUACCGGCGGAAGCAUCUCAAGCAACUCAAGACCAGAUUUGAAGAAAUCUAUCUUGUCUUUAUACGCAUCCCCUUCAUCAUCCAACAGUUUUCUUCAAACUCAACAAACACCUCCACCACAAUCACAAUCACAACCAUUACACCUACAACAGCAAAUAAGAGCCAACUCUCAAACAAACUCGUUAACCGACUCACUUGCUGGACUCUCUUUCCAUUCAAACUCAACAUCAAACCUUUACCCUGGACUCAAUAAUACCACCACUACCACGACCACCACCAACAGCAGCAACUAUAAUAAUAACAAUAAUCUCAACAACUACUCACAACCUCAAUCCCAUUCUACAGGAUCAUUGAAUGCACCAUCAAAAUUACAACAAAAUAUACAAAACAAUACAUGGAACAAUGAGUGGAGUGACGCUUCUUCCACAUCGAGCAAUGCUACAAGAGCAGCACAGAGAUCUACAACCACGAAUCUUGACGACGACUUAUUCAAGAAUGUAUGGAGCUGA